UUGUCGCUUUCUCCCCUCCCAAACAUAAGCGUCACAUCAUCCCAUCGCCAGCUUGCUUGUCGGUGUUGUUGUUGUUUUUGUUUUCCCCCCACCUGCUGCAUCAUCUUCGCCAACAGACGCUAGUCGUUGGUGAGUGUGUGCGCAUGCGCGAGCGUGGAAGUAACCCCUCACAGCAACCAGCAACCAAUCAACCAAACAACCAAUCAACCGAGCAAGCGAGCUUCUCCUCUCCCCGCAAACAACACGAGUGUUUGUGGCAAGAAGGGAGCAAGCGUGUGUUUGACGAGUUGUCUUCAACGUCACAUGCACGCAUCACUGUGCCAUCAGUGAUCGCAAAUGAUGGACACGCGCGAAGCAUCAGCGGCUGUCGCGCAGCACUGGCAGCAACUCACAGACCAGCAGCGACCCCAGAGUCCAAACACACCUCUGCACGCUCUCUUCUGGCUCCAGCAACAACAACAACAACAACAGCAGCAACCACACUUUCAACAACACCAAUCGAGGUCGUCGUCGCCGUUUCCCUUUGAUCUGCCGGCGGUGCUCCCGCAGCAAGGCGUGGACGCCAACACACAACAAGACGACGAGGACGACGACAACGACAACGACGACGACGACGAUGAUAACGACGAGCUGAAUGCCGAGCACGCGAGUGCCGGUAUCCCUGACGGUGGCAUGGGACCGAUGCUCUCAGCCAACGGUGAACCUGAGCUCUCCAACAUGAGCCUCUCCGCGCUCUUGCAAGGCCGCGAUUCCCCCAUUUUUGGCUCAUGCUACGGUGAUGGGGAUGAGCCGACACCACCGGAUGAGCCGCGAACACCAAUCACCUCCAUGCCGGUGGACUCGCUGCUGAGCCCGAUGUUCCCCAACUCACCAGUGUGGGCGCAGCUGCUUGGUUUGUCAUCGCCAGCACCCAGCGUGAACCGCCGCCUGUCGUCAUCAUCGCCACUGUCACCACGGCGCCUCCUCCUCCAACGGCAGACGAAACAAAGGCAACAACAACAACAACAACAACAACAACAACAACAACAACAACAACAACAACAACAACAACAACAACAACAACAACAACAACAACAACAACAACAACAACAACAACAACAACAACAACAACAACAACAACAACAACAACAACAACAACAACAACAGCAGCAGCCGCAACAACAGCAGCAGCAGCAGCAGCAACAACAGCAGCAGCAACAGCAGCAACAACAGCAGCAACAGCAGGAGGAGGAGGCGACGGGUGAAGGUGAUGUGGCAUCACCGCAAACACCCGCGUCACUCUUCUCGUUCUUGAGUGGAGACGAAAGCCAAAUGCUGCUGAGCACGUUGGGCUUGACACCGGGUGCGCUGUCCCCUGUUGCCGCGUCAUCACCGGGCAUGACGAGUCUUGCCGCCCAGUUUGGCGGCGGCUCCCCCCUCUCUCCAUCCGCUCUCCUGCGCCAGGCUGCGGCCCCAUCUGUGCCUACCACCAGCAACGUUGAUAGCAGCGAUGACGACGAUGGUGAUUGCAGUGGCGAUGGCACCAGCAGCCGUCGUGUCCGCCCGUACCCUCAGGGCCGACCAACGCGCGUUGGGCGUGACAGUCACGCUGGUGGUAGUGGUAAUGGUGGUGUUCUUGGGCGACGAUGGCGACAGCGGCGUGCAAAGCGCAGUCCUCAUCCACUGAACCGUGUGCACCACGCCGUAACACACGCCCCACAACAACAACAACAACAACAACAACAACAACAACAACAACAACAACAACAACAACAACAACAACAACAACAACAACAACAACAACAACAACAACAACAACAACAACAACAACAACAACAACACCUGCCGAAUGCCACUGCGGUGCAAAUGCAGAUGCUGUUGCAGCAGCUAUCAGCCAACACUGCCAGUGUCUCUACCCCCACGAUAGCGACGACCGAUACAACGCAGGGGUCGACCAGUGCUGACCCGUCACUGCUCCUCGCCACGUCAAGCAUGCCCAGUCUCUCCAGCAGCGGUGGUGCAGGCAGUGGUGCACUGCCAGUGCCCGCCACCGGCACCAGUCAACCGUACGUGCACCAGACCAGCAUAGCCGCAGCCAUGAACGCCCUCUUUAACUUCCCCAACACCACCAACAGCAACAACAUCACCACCAACAGCAACAAACACACGAGCGGCCUCAACUUCAACACCACGUCCGUCUCCUCCCAUGGUGCUCCGUGUGAUGGCAACACUGACGGUGCCAGUGGUGCAGGUGCGGCGUUGCCCCAUGUUGACGCGACGACGUUGACCAGUAGCAGCACGGGCUGGCCUGCUGCUGACCUGCAGGGCUAUGGCUCAGCCAUGAACGACCCGGCGAGUGUGUUCACGCAACAGCACAAGCAGCAGCGCCACCGGCCCCAAGAGCAAGUACAACAACUCCACCACCCAUUGUCUGUGCGAGGACUGUAUGGUGGCGGUGAAGGUGUUGUGAGCACAAACGCGGAUGAGAUGCAGCACUAUCCACAUAUCGUCUCCUCCAUGCUUGCACAACAGGCCUCGACGGAUGCUGGCACAAACAUCGCCACCGGCGAGAUUGGAGACGGUGGCACAGCCGUGCAAGCAGCUGCCGCCAACAACAACCGAAACGCCCACUGCCGCCGCCACCACCGCGAGCACGAUGACAACAACGACGACGACGACGAUGUCUGGGCACUCGCCGGCGGUGUGGAGAGAGGUACAGCACCGGCUACCAAGCGCCCAAAGCUGCAAUCAUCAGCACGGACUGCGCAGUCGUUCACAUCAGCCAUGCCCUCGGCACAGUCCCGCGCAUGCUCGCUGUCAUCGCCAACAUCAGCGUCAACGUCGGGCGUGUCGCCGCCGUCCGCCACAAAGCAAUCGUCACCGCCGCUGUUGUCGCACGCCCCCUACUCCUCGGCUGGCCAGGCACACGUUGAUGCCAACGCCAACAUCAGCGCCAACACUCACAUGACCACCAACGUCAGUAGCAUGACCACGAACAGCAAUUGCAGGCGCCACCACGCCCGCAGCCAGCACAUGGUCCACAGCAGUGGCAACGGUGGUGACAUGUCAUCGUUAUCACUGCCAGUGCAACCAUCGACGGCAACAGCGACGACAGCGACGACAGCGACAACAGCAGCCAUGAUGUCGUGCAUGCCGGAACUGAACCGUCUCAUUGCCACAGCGGGGACAGGUGCAGGACACACGCACCCCAUGCCACACACGCAGGUCUCCACACCACAGCACAGCAUGCAUUCCACACUACUACCGAUGACACGACCGCAGAUGCCGCAGCCACACGCGACACAGUCGAUGGCUGGGCAUGUGCCCGGUGCAAACGCGUCCGCAUCACCCUCGAUGGUCCCGGACGCCGCGUACCGAACACUCGCUGCUGCUGCUGCUGCUGCUGCUGUGCCACAGUCCUGCACGCAACAACCACAACCACAACAACAACACCAACAACAUCAACAACAUCAGCACCAACAACAACGACAACAACAACACAGCCACCACCAACAGCAUCAACACCAACACCAACAAUCCCAACACCAGCAUCAGCCGUCCAGUAUGGGACCAGAGAAGCUUGCGUUCAUGUCAGCGGUUCAGCAGUUUUUGUCUGGCGGUCUCAACACACAGCAGCCGCUCAACACGUCCGCACACGCGCCGCUGGCACCUGCUGAUGAGCCUUUGUUGCACCCACAACAACACUACCAUCACCAGCAGCAGCAGCAGCAGUUCCAACAGACGCAGGCAUCAUCACAGCAGCAAUACCAUCGUCACCAACACCAACAGCAGCAACAACACGCUCAGCUACUGUCGUGGCUGUCCUCCGCUGUGCUUGACCACCAGCAGCAGCAUUACCACCACCAGCACCACCAGCACCAUCAGCACCAUCAGCGACCAACGCAACCAAUGGAUGCCGUGGAGCAACAGGCCGGUUCGUUGCUGUUGUCUGUGCAACGUGGUGCAUUUCCCACCACCACCGCCACCAACAACAACAACAGCAACAACGACAUCAGCACGCACAACAACGCUUGCAGCGCCAGCGACAGCAGUGCCAGUAACAGCAACGGGACCGCUGGUCAGCGCCAGGCGCUGGCGUACUACCUCAACACGAAUGGUGAUGGUGAUGGUGGCGGCGACGAUGAGGACGACGAUGACGAUGAUGAUGGCUGUGAUGACUCACACGACCAGCCCUUACUCAACAUCACCUUCAGCUGCCCCAACAAACCCACGACCACCAACACCACCAACGCGACCACGACAAGCAACACCACCACUGCUGCCGCAGCGAACACGGCGCCCGCCACCGCUUCGCACACUGGCGGCGCCGUCCCGACGGACAGCGGUGACGAGCUGGUGUGCCCCAUCUGCACAGGGCCCGGCCGCUCCUCAGACUCACGCAUCUGCCCCGUGUGCUAUGCCGGGCUGUACAACGACAUUCGCAAGUGGACCCGCGAGGUCCCCGAUGGCGUUUCCCACCUCUCCGGCAACGUCGAAUUUGACAUCCCCCAGUUUAUGCACGACCUGCGAGAGCGCAUUCCGCGCGGGUGCCGCAACGGCUACAACUGCUCGCUCUCGGCCUACCAAUACGGCGUCAGCCCACGCGACCGGUGCACGCGCUGCCGCUCGCUCGCCAUCUGCCGCAUCUUGCCAGACGUCGUCCAUGGAAUGCUCUUCAACACAAACCGUUCCCGCCGCACAGCGAGCUGAUAAUGUGUCCAAAAUCACGCCGUACCUCACGUCACGCCGCAUGGAAUGCACGUCUUACCAACCGUCCCCCCCCCCCCCCCCAAAAAAAAAAAAAA